CACCUCUGCUCACACACCUGGGAUAAAACUUAAAACCUAAAACCCUCGCAUAAACCCUCAUCCGUGGAAAUUCCUCCGGCCGUCAUCUCCGCCGCCGGUGCCACCACCGCCGAACCGCCUUUCCACCGCCAAAUAUCAAUUCUCUUACAAUGGAGGACGAAGUAGUCAUCGCGUCUUCGUCCACCGACGUCGGAAUCGGUUGCUGGGACCUUCGUUCCGGCGCCGAACACCUCCGUUAUCGCUCAUGCGCCUCUCCUUCUCACGGCCUUGUAUCCGUCGCCGGAAGGUUCCUCGCCUCUUCUCAGCUUCGUGAUUCGUCUUCUGGUUCUGUUCUCUUCUGGUCGUGGAAUAAGCCUCAGGUAGAAGUGAAGAGUUUUCCAGCUGAAGCAAUCAAUCCUCUUGCUUGUAAUAGUGAGGGCAGUUACAUAGUUGGGGGUGGAGUUUCUGGUGAUAUAUAUCUGUGGGAGGUUGCAACCGGUAGAUUACUGAAGAAGUGGCAUGGUCACUAUAGGGCUGUUACAUGCUUGGUGUUUUCUAUGGAUCAGUCGCUUCUGAUUUCUGGGGCUGAGGAUGGAUCUGUUCGAGUCUGGUCGCUUCUUAUGAUAUUUGAUGAAGAACGACAGCAAAGAUCAGGGCAUCUUUAUGAGUAUAGUUUCACUGAGCAUGCUUUGCCUGUAACCGAUAUCGUUACAGGCUAUGGGGGAUCUAAUGCAAUUAUAGUGUCCGCUUCACAGGAUCGUACUUGCAAGGUAUGGAGUCUUGCUAGGGGAACUUUGUUGAGAAAUAUUGUGUUCCCGUCAGUGAUUGAUGCAGUUGCAUUGGAUCCCGGUGAGCAUGUUUUUUAUGCUGGUGGUAGAGAUGGCAAGAUAUACAUUGCGGAACUCAAUUCUCUAGGCAAAUCCAACAGUAACUAUGGGUUGCAUAUCAUUGGUACAUUGUCUGAUCAAAGUAAGGCUAUAUGCUCUUUGGCUUUUGCACUAGAUGGACUUCAAUUGGUUGCUGGAUCAGAGGAUGGCUUCGUUCGAGUCUGGGACACUAAAACUCAUAAUAUUAUACGUGUUUUCAAGCAUGCAAAAGGUCCUGUUAACAAUAUUCUUGUUAUCCGACAACCACCGGCUCUUUACCCUCGAACAUCAGCAAAUAAUCAAGGUUUAAUGGCAAGAAAGCAGGUGUCGUUGCCACCACCACUUGAAAAGUUUACAUCAAUAGAUGAACACUCGGAUUUUAGUAUAUACAUCCCUCCUCAGCCUGAUUAUCAAAGGCCUUGUGACGCGACCUAUGCCACUGUUGACACCAUGAACAAGCAGAUCAAUGAACUUCAGCAACGCGGUUCUUGUGGAGCUUCUGAAAUGGAGAUAGAAAGAUUGAAAGCAGACAACGAAAGGUCAAUGCAAAUGAUUCAGCAGUGGAAGAAGAUGUAUGAAAAUCUGCAUCAGUUUUGUGUUGGUGAGCUUUUGAGCGGAGAAGGCGACACCACGGUUUAAUCGGGUCAACUCGUGGUCUUUAAAAGAUUUAAGGUUCUUUUACUACUGUUCUACUAAUAUAAUAUAAUAUAAAUCCUUGCAUUGUAUUAUUGAAGUUAGUUAUGCAUUUUAAACAUUGUUAUGGGUUCAUUUUAUUUACUGUUUUAAAGUUUAGUUUUAGUAUCACUUGUUCAUGAAAUUGGAUCGUUGGUGGUACCUGGCACACAAUAGUUUUGUUUUAGAGUUGAA